AAGGUGAUGGACUGCCAUGGCUCAUCGUUCUCGAGCUUCAAAUCAUACUUCCAUGCCCUUUCCGACACCCCUCGCCGGUUCCUCCGCCGCGCCGGUUCCGUCUCCACCACCUUCGAAGAAACCAGCCGUCUCCGCUCCCGAUCGGGAGUUGAUAUGAGGAAAAACCUCCGUUGGUACGAUCUAAUCUGCUUUGGCAUCGGCGGUAUGGUAGGUGCCGGAGUUUUUGUUACUAGUGGUACCGCUAGCCACGAUAAGGCUGGUCCCGCCGUUAUACUAUCGUACGCCAUUGCCGGACUCUCUGCACUUCUCUCCGCCUUCUGUUACACUGAAUUCGCCGUUCACAUGCCUGUCGCCGGUGGUGCCUUCAGCUACAUCCGUGUCACUUUCGGCGAGUUUACUGCAUUUUUAACGGGAGCUAAUCUGGUGAUGGAUUACGUUUUAUCAAACGCAGCAGCAGCGAGAAGUUUCACAACCUAUCUCGGAACCGCCAUUGGAAUUUCUGCAGAAUCAAAAUGGAGAAUCACCAUUUCAUCUCUUCCAAAAGGUUUCAACCAAAUCGACAUCAUCGCCGUUCUCAUCAUCUUAAUUCUCACUCUCAUAAUCUGUUACAGCACAAGAGAAAGCUCUGUAUUGAACAUGAUUUUGACAGCCUUACACAUUCUGUUCAUAGUAUUUGUGAUUAUGAUGGGGUUUUGGAAAGGAGACACGAAAAACUUCACGGAGCCAUCGGACCCGAAUCAUCCGGGCGGGUUUUUCCCGUUCGGAGCUCCAGGAGUGUUCAAUGGAGCUUCUCUGGUUUACGUCAGUUACAUAGGAUACGACGCCGUGUCGACGCUGGCGGAGGAGGUUAAGAAUCCUAUUACUGAUAUUCCGAUUGGGGUUUCGGGUUCCGUCAUCCUCGUUACCAUUCUCUACUGUUUAAUGGCCGCUUCAAUGUCCAUGCUCCUUCCCUACGAUCUGAUAAAUCCAGAAUCACCAUUUACAGGAGCUUUUGUUGGACAUUCGAACGGGUUGAAAUGGGUAACCAACGUUAUCGGAGUCGGGGCCAGCUUUGGGAUACUAACGUCGCUGUUGGUAGCGAUGUUGGGACAAGCUCGAUAUAUUUGUGUGAUCGGAAGGUCUGGAGUGGUCCCCGUGUGGUUUGCAAAGGUUCAUUCGAAGACAUCAACUCCCGUAAAUGCUUCAGCAUUUUUAGGGAUUCUCACGGCGGCAAUAGCCCUUUUCACUGAGCUACACGUCCUCCUCAACCUUGUCUCCAUCGGCACACUCUUUGUAUUCUUAAUGGUCUCCAAUGCAGUCAUCUACAGACGUUACGUCUCAAUAGAGACAACGAGCUCGUGGCCCACAUUGUCGUUCCUUUUAAGCUUCUCGUUCACUUGCAUCAUGUUCACCCUACUAUGGUGGCUAGCACCGCCCGGGAAACCAAAGGGGUUCAUGUUAGGUGCAUGCUCUUUAGCUGCCGUGGGGUUGGUUCAACUGUUUGUUUACAUGGUCCCACAAGUGAGGAAGCCCGAUUUUUGGGGGGUCCCGCUUAUGCCAUGGAUACCAUCUGUUUCAAUCUUUCUCAACGUAUUCUUAUUGGGGAACAUCGACAAACCUUCUUACGUUCGGUUUGGAUUCUUUUCGGCUGUUAUAGUGCUUGUAUAUGUUCUAUACAGCGUUCAUGCUAGCUUUGAUGGUGAGCAAGAAGGGAAUUUGUGCCAAAAAAAUAUUGAAAUGGUGAAAGAACCAAUUGACAUCGAAAAUCUUACCCCUAAAUUGUAAAGUUGACCUUGACUUUUUUUUAAAUUAUUUUUCAUUGAUAGCGAUAUAAGAAGUAAGAAUAGAAUUGCAAUUGGUGCAUUUUGGCAAGUUGUAUAGUGGGUGAUAUUGGUCCCUUUUUUGUAUGCAAUGUAAUCCAUCAACUUUUGAAGAUGGUUCUCGUAGCAAAAAGGGAACAACUUUUAGGUGUUGUUUUGGUCAAACAUUCAGUAUAUCAUUUCAAAACCAACUGUGUAAUUUACUGUAACUAUCAA